AUGGCAGAGAAUAGUGGAUUACCGGUAUGUUUUCAAGGUUCUGCUCACUGUCUCUGUUUUUAGCCAAACUUUCAACAGCAAGAUCCGGCUGCCGCUAAGCAGAAAGCCGCCGAACAAGAGCUCAUGAAGAAUUCUAUACUAAAACAGGUAUGUCGUAGUUUAUUUCUUUUUGUGUUGUGUUUUUAGGGUUCUGAAGAUUACAGUUUUUUUACUAAGAGUCUCGGAAGAGUUCCAGAAACCUAAGUGUUAAACAUGUUGAUGAUGUGGAGAACAAAAUUAUUUUUAGGUCCUCGAUCAAAAUGCCUUUGCCCGACUAAGCAAUUUAGCUGCCGUAAAGCCUGAUAAAGCUAAAGGGGUCGAAAGUAUGAUCAUUCAAAUGGCAAGAACGGGUCAAAUCUCAGGGAAACUUGAUGAUGAAGGCUUCAGGUCGAUCUUAGACAAGGUUGCUGCCGCAACACAAAAAGUAACCAAAGUAAAUGUAAGUCGUUCGGUUCAUAUCCUUCCAACACUGUUUUCACGCGUGUAGAUAAGAAUUCCUUUGUUUAUCAUAUUUUUUCAGUUCGACCGCCGCAGGUGUGCCCUGGAUUCAGAUGACGAAGAUUAUUAA